GGGGAGGGAACAGACCCGGAGUGUCAACCUUUCACUUUCGCUAAACUUCUGCUAGCGAGCUGUCCUUAAGGCAAGAUGAAGCAGCCGCUGCUCCUCUUCCACGUUCUCGUCUUGUUUCCUGCUCUGGAAUUAAUUGCUGCUGGACCACCUCCUGACAAAGAUGCCGAUCCUGUGAUACAAGGAGUAUAUAAUAAAUUUGCUGCAAUGAAAAAUAUUUCUAAACGACAUGUAUGUCCAGAGGGCAAGCACCAAUCAGGAGAUAACUGUUGUGACCAUUGUGAGCCCGGCUAUAUUAAAGAGAAAGACUGCACAGCAUCCAGUAAAACAAUUUGCAAAAAUUGUGUGGAAGGAAAAGAGUACACAGAAGAUUACAACUACCUCUCCAAAUGCCAACGGUGCAGUUCUUGUGAUGCAGCGCAUGGACUUGAAGUUGACAAACCCUGUAUCCAGUUCAGAUAUGCAAAUGCAGGUGCAAGCAUAAAGCUUUUGCAGUUCUUGAGAGAACAAUGGCUCCACUGUGAUCCAUGUUCAGACUGUGAAGGCAUAAUAGUAGAAGAAUGCACCCUCACGAAAGACACUGUCUGUGAAAGUAAGACAAAUCUGGGAUGGAUCGCUGCAAUUAUUGUUCCACUUAUACUCCUUCCUAUUUUAUUCAUAAUAUGGAAAUAUUGGUACAAAAAAGACAGGAUGCCAAGGACACGAAGCCAGGAUGAGCAGGAAACAGCGGAACUGAAGCCUUCCAUUUACCAAGAUAUCGACUUGACGACUCACAUAAGUGACAUCGCAGAGGAAAUGACCUUAGAACAAGUCAUGAAGUUUGUUCGGAAACGGGGGCUGUCAAACCCUACCAUAGAAAGGAUCAAAUUGGAUAAUAUACAUGAUGCAUCUGAGAUGAAAAUAAAGCUACUUGAGACCUGGUUCCAGGAAAAUGGGAUCAAAGGUGCUUAUGGAACAUUAAUCAGCAGCCUGAAAGAUCUUAAGCAGUACACCCUUGCUCAAAAUAUUGUACAAAAAAUAGACCUUCAUAUACAGAACAAUGCAAAUGUGCCAGUGUAUCAAAACAUGGCCAGUCUUGAAGAAAGUUGUCAUAGAUAAAAAAAAUUCCAGCUUUCUUGAAGUUGAGAUGUUUACAUUUGUUUCCAGCAGUGAGUGUUCUGCUUUGUAUGUACUGUUACUAUACCACCCUGGAAUAGGGUGCGGGGGGGGGGGGGGGGGGGGGGGGGCUUCUCUGGUACCCCUACCCAUUUUUCAGCCUAAAAAGGUGAUGUUGUCAUUGCAGAGAUAGGAAGCCAGGCCAGCCUAAAACAAUUGUUUUCUGGUUCUCAUGCUGUCAGCCUGCUUGUCAUGUCAGCGCAUUUUUAGCUGUACAGCUAAGGAAGAAUGUGUUCUCAAUAUGAUACAGUAGUGCUGCCAAACAAAUACUCAUUUCAUCCAUAAGAAGACUCCUGAUGUCAUUGCCUCCCCUCGUUAUCUUAACCCAGGUACUCCCUUCUACAACUAACUUAUUUUGACCACCUUAUAGUACAUGCCAUUGUUUUUCAAACAAUCCAUCCAGACACCUCCCAGAGGUUGUCCUGACAUCCCCCAAGGGUUGGCCUGACUCCCUCAGAGGUGGUCCUUCAUCAUAUAAAUCCCCCACCCUCCAAAAAAACUUUUGCCUGGUACCAGUGACACAUUUCUGUCUUUGUUGCUGUGCCCAACACAUUGCACCCUCCUGAAACCAGAUGCUGGUCGUUUAGCUCUGAACCCUGGAUCUUCUUCACUUCAUGAUCAGGACAUAUUACCCAUUUACCCCAUGCCCUUUUUCUGUUCCAAAUCUAUUUUCAAACCUAUCUAUAUCUUAGGAACUCUGUGUGUGCAUGUUUGCUGAAUGCUUGUGAACCCCUUAUC